AGGUCCAGUAAGGAUCAUCUCUUAUUGAUCCAGUGUUACCACAGGAGGAAACCUAAACUAAACUAACUUUAUUUAUACUGGAUAGUUCUAUCAGUUCUAAACUGUUCUUCCUAGAGGUCCAGUAAGGAUCAUCUCUUAUUGAUCCAGUGUUACUACAGGAGGAAACCUAAACUAAACUAACUUUAUUUAUACUGGAUAACUCUAUCAGUUCUAAAUUGUUCUCUCUAGAGGUCCAGUAAGGAUCAUCUCUUAUUGAUCCAGUGUUACUACAGGAGGAAACCUAAACUAAACUAACUUUAUUUAUACUGGAUAGCUCUAUCAGUUCUAAACUGUUCUUCCUAGAGAUCCAGUAAGGAUCAUCUCUUAUUGAUCCAGUGUUACCACAGGAGGAAACCUAAACUAAACUAACUUUAUUUAUACUGGAUAGCUCUAUCAGUUCUAAACUGUUCUUCCUAGAGAUCCAGUAAGGAUCAUCUCUUAUUGAUCCAGUGUUACUACAGGAGGAAACCUAAACUAACUUUAUUUAUACUGGAUAACUCUAUCAGUUCUAAACUGUUCUCUCUAGAGAUCCAGUGUUACUAUACAGGAGGAAACCUCUUCCUAGAGGUCCAGUAAGGAUGUACGAUACGAUUUGUUGGUAUUACUUUGUUAUUUAGAGGUUGAAAAGAACGAAGACUUGCGCAUUGAGAUCAUGUUUGACCGUCUCAUGUUGACUGAUUUACGAGAAAAUGUGUCAAGACUGGAUGCUAGGUUGGGGUCAUUUUUAUCCAAGUGUUUUUUUACUAAUUAUUCAGUUCACUCGCCAUCGGGUUUUUCCGGAACGGUGUAUUUGGAAAAACAAACACUCGUUAGACUUCAAUUGCACUCGUUCUGCGGCUUCGGCCAUUUUGGUCGUCUUUGAAAAAUUCACUCAUGCACAGUUUUUCCAAAUUGAACUCGAACCAUAACUAUUACCUAUACUAAUUUGUGUUGUUCAUUAUAAGCAAGAAUAUUUUGUGAAUCUCCAGGGCAUUUGCUGAGAUAAAGAGCUACAAGGAUCCGCCAAAAUUAGUCCAUGACAUUCUCAAGACCGUCCUGGGAAUAUUUUCCAUCGAAGAAGAGGAGAAACUGGAUAAUUGGCCGACGUGCAAACAGUUUAUUAAUAAUGACUUAGUGAGAAUGAUCACACAAUACGAUCCUACUGCUGCUCAAGGAAUGGUGGAUGGCAAAAAAUUAUCGGAAAAUCUAGAAGGUAAACUAAACUAAAUUUGAUUUUUUUGUGUUGGUGUAAUGUACUCAGGUGAAUAUGAUGCUUGUGAUGUUACUCUGAGUGUAUAUCCACACCGGGCAAGCUGUAAUGAGUAGUAACAUCACAAGCAUCAUAUUCACCUGAGUACAUUACGCCAACACAAAAAAAAAUCAUGAUUAUUAGAUUACAUUGAUAUCGAAGGAACUAGAUUCUGUUCCGAAAUAUCACAUACUCGAGCCGACCAGACCGCGUAGCUCAGUUGGUAGAACAUUGGGCUAGUAUUCCAAAGGUCGUAGGUUCGAUUCCCACCGUAGUCAGGCAUAUUUUUUCAAGCUUGCCCGGUGUGGAUAUACACUCAGAGUAACAUCACGAGCAUUAAACUUCAUUUAUUUAUACUGGAUAGCUCUAAGGAGUAAGUUACGCCCGGUGUCAAGCGAAAUUCCUGACCUCUGCUAAAUACCUGACCUAGCGUGACGGGUCAGAAAUUUCGCGCGUACAGGCGCGAAAUACAUGACGCUUGCUAAAUUCUAAGUCGGCCAAAACUGUUUUUUAGAGUUUAGAUAAAAUAAUCAUGAUGUUAAUUUCUAAUACUUCGUUAAAUAUUUCAAAUCGACAUCGCUAAGUUUCAAUCACAAACACUUUAAAUUUCAAAGCGAAUUGUGUGGUCGUGACCGCGAAAUACACGACGUUUGCUAAAUACGGUCGGUCGAAACGAUUUUUAAGUCCAUAUGCGAUGUUACCAAAUGUUUCUAGCAUAGACAUCGCCAAAUCUAAACGGCCAACUCAUGAACUUCGAAUUCAUCGUUGCUGCUUACUAAAUAGUGAGAAGGUCAAACGCGAACGAUUUUUAGUGCUUAUAGUAUAGUAAUGCAUAUACGGCAUAACCUUUGAAACUGGAGUCUAUUUUAUAUCACUAAGAUCGCUUUUCGAGUGAUUUUUCCUUAUCUACGAUUCAAGGUUUAUUAUAACGUUCACAAUCAGUGGUAUAGUGUCAAUUCAGUUGAUCAAUUGUAGAAUUAAUGUUGGAAAAUUUAUGUAUAAAUAAAAUGGCUUUAUAAAUACACGUAUUGUCUGUUCAGUUGCGAAAUUUAUGAGCCAAAGUCAUUCAUGCGCAUCGUCUGCGCAUGGGCAGUUCUACAAUAGUCAGAUAUUUCGCAAGUCAGGAAUUUCGCGUCACACCGGAUGAAACGAGGAUGAGAGCGCAUGAGAGUUGGUAUGCGAUCUUGGUUAGCUGUUCUUAAUGCUUUCCCAACAUUAUCAUGUAUUCUAUUUAAGUUAAAACAUAGUUGGAACAUUCAUCACGCCUUUAUUUUGUUAACGGGCAUAUGACUCGAAAAUUGACGUUGUUAUUUUUUAGUCUAAUUUGAAAGAUCAUUGAAAACUGUAGAGUAACUUCUUUGACAGAUUUUUGUUUUCUUGCUUGAUUUUGGAGAUAUUUCAUUUUGUAUGAUAUGCAAAGGAACAACUUUCUACGUCACAUAUGCAUAACGACUUACUUUAAAAUGUUGUAUAAUUUUGUCACUAUCAAAUAAAUUCGCUCAAAAUGAAUGACGAGCACGAGAUUUGUCCACAACAUUUUCUACUGAUUGUGUUUAGUCGUAUUAAAGAUAUACAGCUGUUAGGGCUAAAUCAUUAUGCAUAUGUGACUUAGGAAGUUGGUGCUAUGCAUAUCAUACAAAAUGAAAUAUCUUCAAAGCGAAGCAAGAAAACAAAAAUCUAUCAAAGAAGUUACUCUACAGUUUUCAAUUAUCUUUCAAAUUAGACUAAAAAAUAACAACGUCAAUUUUCGAGUCAUAUACCCUUUAAUCUAGAGCUUGAAAUGCCCCCUAUACUCAUCCUCGUUUGAUGGUUACUCGCUCCAAUACUUGAGUUAGCCUGUAGCCCAGAAUUAAUCGAACUAAAUUUUGAAGUAUAAGUGUUGAAUUUGGAGUUAGCCUCUUAAUAGGCUAUGAGGUAGCAACGCUCCAUAUGCUAAUUAGUCGCUUUUGACAUCAUUCAAUAAACUCACUACUUUUUCCAUUAAAACUUAAAUUUUAUUCUUAAUUUUUAUUCGUCAGGAAUUUCACAUGGCUCUGUGAGCAAGCAAGGCUCGAUGCCUGCUCAAUACUUGUUCAAUUGGGCCUUCGUUUGUCUCUCUUUAAUCGAGCACACAGCCAAGAUGAAACAGAACGCCCGACAAAAACAAGGCCAAAGCCAAGGCCAACGAACGCCCCAAGGAACAGCGUCUCCGAGUGACAAUUCUACCGUGAGUCCCAGUGCCACUCAGUCGCCCGAUCCUGCCAAAGGGAAAAUGAAAACAAACAAUAGUAAUCCCAUUUUAUAA